CACGCCUUGGAAGGAACGGUUCACAACGGCAGCAGGAGAAGGAGCAGGAGCAGCAGAGAGGCCCUCCUUUUUCUCGAUGGGCUCCACGGAGGAGCUGCUCUUGCUCCCGCCGCCGGAGUCGAGUCUCCUCCAGAGGGGAAGGGAGAGGGCGCCGCCCUCCUCGUUCCCGGAGCCCCUCGGAGGGGAAGACGGAGCCCGGAGGCGGCCGAGGAGGAAGAGCCAGGCACCCGAGAGAGAAGAGCAGGAGGAGGAGGAGGAGGAGGAGGAGGAGGAAGGCCAGCAGCCGCAGCAGCAGCAGCAGCAGCAGGUCCAUCAAGAAGAAAGGGACAAUAAUGUUGAACCUGUAACAGAUGACUAUAAAAAGAUGGGAACUCUUUUUGGUGAACUCAACAAAAGUCUCAUCAGCAUAGGCUUCACAAGGAUGUAUUUUGGAGAACGCAUUGUGGAACCUGUAAUUAUCAUGUUCUUCUGGGGUAUGCUCUGGUUCCUUGGACUACAAGCUCUUGGCCUGGUAGCUGUCCUGUGCCUUGUCAUUAUUUAUGUUCAGCAAUAAAGUACAAUUGGUGGUGGUUAAAUGAGUAUUUCAUUUUGGUGGAUUUUGAACUAUCUUGGUGCAUAAUUCAUUUUGAACUAUUUUGGUAGAUUUGCAUACUUAACCAAACAAGAAUAUACAUCAAGCUGCUCUGUUGAACUUUAUAUGGCUAUUAAAAUUAUGCACUCUUUCCUUUAAGCUGACAUCAUCUUUGCAAUUGAAAACUAACAAGAAAAUAUCAUGACUAGAUGACUAAAAGGAGAAAAUAACCCAAGAAAGUGGAAUCUGCUCUUUUUAAUUAAUAAGGAUUAUUGAAUCAAAGUAGCUCCUUUGGGCUGUUCCAAGAGGUCUUUUGGUGGAGAACAAACUUGUCAAAAUUAGGUCAACAGUAAUUUUGUAUUUAUGCUGUGACUACUUUCAAAUACUAGCUUUUUGUAUUAGUAACCAAACUUUAAAAGGCCAAUUUGUGUACGUUUUUAUGCUGCCUGGUUUUAUACCAUCCUGUACAUUUCUUUGCAAACUUCUUCAUCAUUGUGGUAUACAUAAACAGUCUUGUUAAAGAAGUCUGUUUCUGUAUGAAGUACAGAAAUAUGUCAUUGGUGGGGUACAGACCGCCCAAAAAGGGCGGCCUGCCGGUGCCUGGUUUUCCGCCAGAGGGAUGUCUCAGCCGCCAAACGGCGAGGCUUCCCACCGGCAGAAAAGUCUCGCAAAAAGCAGGUUCUUUCUAUGUCUCGGCGCCGGCGUAACAAGUGCACAACAGUGCACCACUGGCGCACUCAUUACGCAAGUGCCGUGCAGUGCCGUGCGGAUGCUACGCGACUUGCAUAACAAUGGCAGCACCCAUGUGUACAGGGCGACACUAUUUUGAUGCCCUUGUCACAUGUGAGGGUUGCAGAGCAUCUGGAAGCACCAUCCCAAGGCACCCCUCGCACGUGAUGUGGGCAUCCUUUCCGGCCCAUCUGGACCAGGCCAUUUUUAAUUUUUCAGAGAAUCAGCUAAUACUCCUGCAGCUUUUUUUUUUUACCAUGUCAUAUUUUUACAACUUUUCACACUUAUAAGGAGUUAUCAUUUCCCCAUUGUCCAAAAGACAAGGUUUUGGUUUGGUUUUGUAAUGGGAUUCUGAUUUUAUUAUAUUCUAAUUCUGAGAUCUUUCUUUCCAUAAGCAUGUUAGACAUGGAUACAAGAUGAGCAAAAUGUGGCAACUAUAACUGUCAUUUUUUACUCUUUGUAAUAAUGGGAUCAAAGUUCACUUUUGAUGGAAUUAUAAAUAAUAGGUUAGAAUCCUUUGUCUAUCUUGAAUUUGGCCCCUGUUCCUUAAUAGCAACUUAAUUUUUAAUUAUUGGAAAUGUUUUUGCUGCCACUCUAUACCAGCAUUGUAUAUGUACAUAUAUAGUCUUCUUAAAGAAGUGUGUUUCUGUUUGAAAUAGAGAAAUAAGUCAUUUUGAUUUUGCAGGGAAGAGGCUAAUACUCAUCUCCUACUACCAAAGUUAUUCUGCGAUGUAAAGGCUCAUUGCAGGGCCAUGAUUAGGUCUAGGGGCUGCUGCAAGCAUGCACAGCAGUGAGCAAAGCCAUCAAGAACUGUAAAUGCAAAUCAGUUCACCUCCACUUCACAGGACAUGUUUCUUGUUAUGCAAGUUACAAUUCAUUAUUUAAGAUAGUUCCCUAGUGCUUACUAAAUGUGUUUUAGUGAUGCUGUGUGUAUAUGUUGCAUUUAUAAAUAUAGUAAUUUUCAUUGUAUUAAUUUGCAAAGCAAAAGUAUUUUUGGAUGAGACGGUGUGAGGAAGGAAUGCUGAAGAAGAAAAUAGUUCAUUUAUCACAGCCAUAGAUACAUUUGCAAUGCAGUCUAACAGUCUUCAUGGAGGGAGACCUUCCAUUCACAGAAGUAUCUAAACAAAUGGAAGGGAGCAGGCAAUUUCCACCUGUUACCUUUUUUCUCUGUACCCUGACUGGACAACCUCCCAUGCUAUUCUGGAGUAUUACACAUGCACACACACACAACCAUAGCAGAUUUUUGCAUGACUAUAGACAGGAAUUAAUGAAAAUCUGCACCUUCUAUUGACAACAAUCUCUUUUGGCUCUGAAGCCUUACUGCAAAUUACCCAAUACAGUCAGCCCUUCUAAUACACGGAUUUUUUAUACACGGAUUCAAGCAUCCACGGUUUGAAAAUGUUAAAAAAAAAAGUAUAAAUUUCAAAUAUCAAACCUUGAUUUUCCAUUUUUUAU